CUUUCUUGAUUUUGAUUUACUUAACCUGUUGAAAAUGUGCACAGCCAUUGUGAGGUUAAACUACAAACGGGACCGGACACACGACACACUGAUUGAAAAUAACUGGAGCACGACACCAGGGAGGAUGAUAUAGCACAGCAUUUUCAAACAACAUUUGAUACAGUAGAAACGAAUCUACUGCAUGAUGAUAAUGUACGUCUAAUGAGUAUCAUCAUUCUUGUGAAACGCUCUUCGGACUGAGGAGUGUUCUGUUGACUCGAGAUCUGCUGUUAGGGGGGGUUAUCGCCAAAUUACAGACUUCGCACAGGUGCUGGUAACAGGUCCCCAGCCCAGAAUGUCAUCCGGAUCGGAGGAUAGUGGACCGGUUAUAAAAGAGAAACCGCGCCGGAGCUCCUUUCAUGAACUGACGACGGGGGACACGGAUCGCCCACGGCCCGGGGAAUACGAAGGACAACGAAAGACCUCCACGGGCUGUGAAAGAAAAGUCAGCAUACGAAGGAGAAAGAUCUCCUCGAUUGCGGUGGGGGAGAACCCCAAACCUAUCCCUGUGAUCCAAUGGGGCCAACAAGUUGAAGAAUACGAACAAAUUGUCAAGCGGGUCAUGGCUGAUCCCUACGUCACCCAGAGUCUCGAGGCACUCAAAGAGCGCCUUCGCCUGCUCCGACUCAUGCAAGAUGACUGCGCAGACAUGAUAUCGAAACGUUUGGAAAUCGAAACACGGAAAAAGAAUCGGAUAGAAAUGAAGAGGACGUUUGUGAUUAUAACUUAUAUUCUAGUUGCUCUAUCCAUAUUUGCAGUAUCUUUGAAAGUAGUGACUAUGUUGAUCAUUAAUUAAGCGAACAGCUGGUUCCGGGUAGUUUGAGUGAGAUCGACGCUCUUAAUGAAAAUGUCGAACGAUCCCAGACAUGCCAAACCGAGUCAAAAGAUUCUAACUCAGGUAAAACCUCUGGAACAUUGUUUCUGUAAAAGAGGCAUAGUAAUUGCUCUCAAUGAUUAUUUCUUACAAUAAGGAUAUCUGAGUAGUUAGAUUAUAAAAAUGCACAGCUCCUAGCAGAUGGUGUCGGUUGCAACUAUACGACUGCUGGUAGAGCUUGCGAUGCAAUCCAAUUCAUGUUUUGGGGAGUGUCAAGCAAAUAGUCGAAUUUACAUAUAUCGAAACUGAUAAAAUGGAUGA